AAAAUUUGGUAUCAUUUUUCCAAUUCUACUUACAUCGAAUCAUCUGCUAACAUUAAUAUGAAAUUAACGCUACAAAUAUUAAUAAUAACAUUCUUCGCUUUCAUCAAACUUUGAGCCAACAAGCUACUAACGUAGCAGAAUUCUUAGCUAGCUGCUCCUUAAAUUCUUCGAUUCUAUGGAAUAGUAAUUUUGUGGUGAUUUAAUAGUAAUUGAAAUCUGCCGGCCGUGUUUAACAAAAUACGUUCACGUUGAGAGCUGUAAUUGUGUUACACGAUAGGAUAAAAGCUAAUGAACGUUUUGCAUCACUGGCGCCACGAUCAUAGGGUAGUCUCGUCGCAAGAUAAUCAAUUAGUCUGCUUUCAUCGGUUUGCGAUAAAUUUUAUAAACAUAUUGUUAUAAUUAGAUAUUAUUUUUGAGAAAUUGAAACAAUCGCGCGUCCAGCAACAGAAAGGUCUCUCACCCCACGAACGGUAGAUAAACCGAGGUCAAAGAUGCGAAACGCUCUUCGGAUUCCUUCAUUUGCCUCGUUGGUGCUAGGAUCGUUCGCAUCGAUCGCGAAUAUGACUCCGAAAACUGUUUGGUUGGUCGGUGCUCUGACGUUGACGCUUUUUGUGAUUAUCGAGUCGUCUACGUUCAAAGAGACGAAAAUUACGGAAGGAGACUAUCAGGGUUUAAAAACGUACGACGUUAAGGGAAAAGAAAAGAAAUUAAAGCUGUGGAGAUUCAUGCUUAUUAGUAGAAAGGACGCUGGUGAAGACCUCGAAACGAAGAUUAAACCGAUUUUCAAGAAAUACAAGAUCACUCGGCUGCGAGUGGAGCCCUUUGGCAAGGAACAGUCCAUCGAGAAUGGGGAACAUCUUUUAAUCGGAGAUAAAAGUGACGAAACGCACAAGGACAGAGUAAAAAGAAACGCGACUGCGUUGAAUGAGUUCAAAGGCGCGAAGAAAGGCCAUAAAAAGUUGAAGCUGGCUCACGUUCAGGCUGGUUACAAGAAUUGGAAGAACAAAGAACGCUCGAGCGAUUCGAACGACGAUAAACCCGUGGACAAGACAAAGAAAAUCAGUCGACGUUACGUGAAUUAUUUCCCGAAUAAUGAAACAAAUAGAUCGAAACGUUACGCGCUGACUAAGGAUUCGAAGAAUGAUAAAUCGGAAUAUUACGCGCAAAGGAAAGCGGUUAUGGACAGAUUUCACGCUCGUCAAAGAGAAAUAGCGGACAGGUACGCGAAGAGAACGUCCACGACUCCGAAGUAUACGUAUAAAUACGAUUUGGAGAAGAAAAACAACGUAUUUUUGCCUUCAUCCGUGAACAUCCCGAUAAAUAAUAUCAAUAAAAGCGAACACGCAGUCGAUAAGGCGAAUAACAGUCUCCAGACCAGUACCUCCACUUCUUCUACGACACCGAUUCGAGAACAAAUCAUAGAAACAACGACAACAGCCUAUCGUAUUAACCGAUCAGAUCAAUUUCAAACUACGGAAAAUUCGCUAGAACGGGAUGCCGAAGAGGACUACGACGAAGACUCUGACUAUCUGGAAGAUAACAAUGACUAUCAGAAGUCUAGUGACUCGAAACCAGUAAGUUAUGCAAUGCAUGUAUUUAUCAAAAUUGUAUAUAUUAUGCUACAAAGAUUUAACAGACUAAACUUAACGUGCUUAAUAUCCUAUGCAAAUAAAUUUUGUUCCGAUAAAUGGGAUUCAGGUAAACGGAGUUUUACCGUAUUUCUAGAAAUUCCUAAUCGUACAAUUAAAAAAUAUGUUCAGGACGAUGACAAAAGCGGCGCGAAAUGGGGUAAUUGUACUGGUAGUUUAGUAUAUCAGCAUAACAUAAUCAUCAGCGUACGCCAAGCGUUACAAGCUGUCGCGGAUAUAACUACGUCGGUGGAUGGACAUCUUUGCGUUACAUGCAUCAGAGUGGAAUCAUUGAAUCGUAACAAGAGCGUCACGGUGAAACUGGAAGUGAAUCGUAGAAAGGACGGCAGCAUUAUCAACGCGAAGCUCAAGUUCAGCGACUUCCAUCUCGAGCAAUUAUCAUAUUCCGUGAGGAUGUGGGCCGUCAACAAAAUAGGAAACAGUUGCAGCUUCGUACCGUAAUUUUAUAUUAAAACAAAUGACCCUCGU